GGUUGACAACUCUUUCGGAAACUCUAUGUGUCUUGAAAACCCAAACCCCUUUACGCUUUCACAACUUUGUCGGAUCAAAAAACAAGUACAAAAUUCCCAACCAACCACCGCGAACCCAGAUUCUCACCGCCAGAAAUCUACCGCUUUUUAGAUUUUGGGUUCGGCGAAUUUCUCUUCUAUCACUGAGCUCAGAUCUUGGUGCUCACCACCUUGUACAACUCCUUUCGGGUCUCGGUCCCGAUCAAUUCGUUGAUUCGGUUUUGCUUUCGUCAAGUUCGGGUCCGUUUGGUUUCCCAGAAAAAAGAGGAAGAGAAAAAAGGGUGGAGUAGAAGAUUUGGGGAAGAGUUGGAUAGAAAAACAGGGUAAUGAAUUGAAGUGGGAAGUUUUGUAGGUGUUUUGGGAGAGAAAAAAAAAAAAAUUAGGAAAUGAAUGUGAGCCAUGCGUCGGUUCACCCAGUGGAAGAUGCGCCGACAACAGAAGGAGGGAAUGCACCGCGGGCGAGGAUGAAGGAUAUGCAAGGCAUGCCCGGCACACUUGGUGGACUCGUCCUUCGUAUUAGCCAGUUUUUGUUUGCAGCUGCUGCUUUGAUUGUCAUGGCUACAACUAGCGAUUUCCCUUCUGUCACUGCCUUUUGCUACCUAGUAGCAGCUGCUGGUUUGCAGUGUUUCUGGAGCAUUUCAUUAGCUAUUGUUGACAUUUACGCCCUUUUAGUGGGGCGCUCUUUGCAGAAUCAUCAAGUUGUCAGCCUAUUCACCAUUGGUGAUGGGAUGACAUCCACUCUUACAUUUGCUGCAGCCUGUGCUUCCGCUGGCAUCACUGUUUUAAUUGACAAUGAUCUUGGUAGCUGUGGCCACAACCAUUGUGCACAAUUUGAAACUGCUACAGCCAUGGCUUUCAUUACUUGGUUCACUUCAUUACCAUCGUUCCUACUCAAUUUCUGGUCUCUGGCAUCUAGAUGAAUGUGCAAGAACAAAAAACUUGAAGCUAAUAUGACGUUUCUUGUUUGUCGUGUUUUGUAAUGAAUGCCCUUCGCAAUGUUGGUCGUAUUUUUGUGAAUAUAUAUAUAUAUAUAUUUGUCUGCAAUAUAAAGAUUUCAGGUGGUCAA